CUGUAAUGUCGGUUAGGUUAAUACAAUAUUUAUAUGAGAUACCUCUGUUAAAAACUAAUACUACAUUGGCUUAAUUUUAUAGCGUCCCUUCCGGAUUGAACACAAAAUUUUCGGAUUCCAAAUUUUCCACAUUCGCAAUACUUUUUGUUGCUAAAUAAUUCGAAUAUAGUUAAGUUAAAUUAAAAACUAGCAUUGACCUUAAAAUAGUUUCCAGCGACCUUUCAUAUUGCUCAACUCACGUAAAACCUCCAUUUCAUUUUUGUCCGAACUGAUAACUGAUACGCGUCACGUUCGCCCGUGCAUUAUAUUUACGUCUUUUGUACCAGAACUGAAGAUCAUUUACGCAGUGUUCUUCGAAAAAGGCAAGGCAAAGCCAGGAAGAGGCGAUGGGGAAACUUAUACCGUAAAAGUGCCUUAGUUUGGACGAAACCAAAGCAGAGGGGCUGUGGAAUUGAGCAAGGAGCCGGUGGUCGGGCAUCACAAGUAAGAUGAGGCAACUCUUCAGAGUCAUAUAUAAGCCUUCGCUCCGCUCUUCCAAGCAUUCUUCUGUCACCCUCAGAACAUCAUCAUCAACAUGAACACCUUAUCUGCAGUGAUCUUCCUGGCGGCCGUGAGCUGUGGCUCUGCUAGCGUCUACCCAAUCGCCAACAUCGGCUCUUCCUACGCAGCACACGCGAUCGACCACAGCCUAGCCCUGCCCGCCGCCCCCCUCGUAGCAGCGGCACCGCCUCCAGCACCUUUAGUUCCAGCUCCAGCCCCCUUGGUCCCUGCUCCAGCUCCAGUGUUCGCCGCCCCACCGGCCCGCUUCGUCGCCCCGGGACCUGCCUUCCUACCAGCACCAGCACCAGCACCUUUCCUACCAGCACCGGCGCCUUACCUCGCACCGACCAGUCCUUUCUAUGCUCCUGCUCCUUAUUUAGUCUGAUUUUUGUUUUAGUACAAUAAAAUUUAUUUUUUUACUAAUAAAAAUCUAGUUUUUAUUAUUCCUUAUUCUCAACAACCCUGAACACAGGCGGGUAUUCUGGAGCUUUCAAGCUGAAGCCCUCUCCCCAAAAACUAAAUGCUGAAUCUCUCUAGCGAAUUCCCUGACAUUAUCAGAGCUAUUUGGUCAUCUCCGGUGGAUUAGCCUUAUUGUUAG